AUGCCGCCUCUAGGUCGUCAGGUUGGUGGUAGUCCACAGGAUGAUGAUGCCAAAAAUAUGUUUGAUAGGAUAGGGAAAGACGUGUACGACCAAGUGAAAAAGGGUGUUGCUGAAACAUAUAAAGAGGCGUUGACAGGACAGUUGUCACUAGCAACACUUUUGGGUGUGGAAUCAGCUAGCACCACAGAUCCAUGCGGACUUGAUUAUAGUAAACUUAUUAGUGGUAGUGGUGUUGCUGCUCGCGGUCAUCCGUGCGGAAAUGAAAGUGUAAGUGAAAAACGUUUUUCUAAAGAACGUGUCGAUGAAUAUGAUGAGAAAAAAAUAAAAGAUAAUAAAGGUAAUAGAGGUAAUAAUGAAGGAGAGUGCGCUCCAUAUAGAAGGUUAUCUCUAUGUAACAAAAAUUUUCAAAAAAUCAAUAAUAUUGAUAGUGAUAAAGCUAGACAUAAUUUAUUGGUAGAUGUGUGUCUUGCAGCACACUAUGAAGGGGACUCAAUAAAAGCACAUCUUGAACAAUAUGAUGCAACAUAUCCUGGUUCUGGUUCUACAACAUGUACUGCACUUGCACGAAGUUUUGCAGAUAUAGGUGAUAUCGUUAGAGGAAGAGAUCUGUAUCGUGGUAAUAAAAAAAAAAUUAAAACAGAAACAGAAAGAGAUAAAUUAGAACAGAAAUUGAAAGAAAUUUUCAAGAACAUUAAGAAAGAGAAUAAUGAAAAACUUAAAUCCCUUACAGAUGACCAAAUUAGGGAAUAUUGGUGGACUGCGAAUCGGCACACCGUGUGGAAAGCCAUCACAUGUAAGGCGGACGCAAGUAGUGCAUAUUUUCAUGCAACGUGCAGUGAUAGUCAUCGUAGUGGAACUUUUUCUCAAGCUAAUAACUACUGCCGGUGUAACGGCGACCAGCCAGGUAACGACAAGGAAAAUAUCGAUCCCCCAACCUAUUUCGAUUAUGUGCCUCAAUAUUUGAGGUGGUUCGAGGAAUGGGCAGAAGACUUUUGUCGUAAAAAAAAACACAAAUUGAACGAUGCGAUACAAAAAUGUCGUGGAGAAGAUAAAUAUGGUAAGGAUCGAUAUUGUGAUCUUAAUGGAUAUGAUUGCGAAAAAACCAAAAGAGGAAGAAACAUGUAUCGUUGGGAUCACAAAUGUACUGGCUGUUUCCUUUCUUGCUCUCAUUUUAGAACAUGGAUAGAUAACCAAAAACUAGAAUUUCUAAAACAAAAAGAAAAAUAUACAAAUGAAAUAUCAGGUGGUAAAAGCAGGAAAAAACGAGCUGCACGUAGUAGUAGUAGUAGUAGUUAUGAUAAUGGAUAUGAAAAAAAAUUUUAUGACCAACUGAAAGCAGGUGGCUAUAAUGGUGUUAAUAGUUUUUUGGAUUUAUUAAGUAAAGAAAAAACAUGCAAAGAUAUUACUGACACAGAAGGAGGAAAAAUUGAUUUCAAAAACGUAAAUAGUGAUAAAAAUAGCUAUGACGAUGAUAGUAAUAAAACAUUUUCUCAUACAGAAUAUUGUCAAGCAUGUCCUCUAUGUGGGGUCAAACGUAAUGGUAGGAAAUGGGAAAGGAAAGAGGUUAUGAAGGAUUGUCCGCCUAUAAACCUUUAUAAGCCUAAAAAGGACGCAGAAGGUACUCUUAUUAAUUUCCUGUACAGUGGUGAUGAAACUAAUGAAAUUGCAAAAAAGCUAAAAGCGUUUUGCGCUCAAGCAAAUGGUGAUACAACAAAUGGUACUGGUGGUAAUGGUACUGGUGGUAGUGUUGCUGGAGGUACUGGCACUAGUGGUAGUAACGAAUUGUAUCAAAAAUGGAAAUGUUAUGAAAUUGACGAGCUGACGAAAGAUCAAAAAGAAGGGGGUGAGGAUGACCCAGUGUAUGACGAGGAUGUAAAAACUGGAGGCGGAUUAUGUAUAUUGGAAAACAAAAAUAAAAGCAAAGGAAGUCAAAGCAAUUCUCAAAAGGAACCUGAUGAAAUCCAAAAGACAUUCAAUCCUUUUUUUUACUAUUGGGUGGUACAUAUGUUAAAAGAUUCCAUACACUGGAGAACAAAAAAACUUGAUAAGUGUAUAAAUAACAGUAAUGAAUCAAAAGCAUGUAAAAACAAUAAUAAAUGUAAGGAUGAUUGUGGUUGUUUUUUAAAAUGGGUUGUACAAAAAAAAACCGAAUGGGAAAAUAUAAAAAAACAUUUUAAAAAGCAAAAAGAUAUUCCACCGGGAUUUACUCACGAUGAUGUUCUUGAAGGUGUUUUGGAGAAAGAGGUACUUUUGACAAGUAUUAAAGAGGGUUAUGGGAAUGAAAAGGACAUAAAACACAUUAAGAAACUGUUGGAUGAGGAAGAAGCAGCUGGUGUAACCGACAAUGAAAAUAAGACCACAAUUGAUAAAUUACUAAAACACGAAAAAGACGAAGCAGAUAAAUGCAAACAAAUUCAAGAAGAAUGCAAUAAACAAAAACAACAAGAACGAGGUGGCCCUGGAGGUCGUUCCGCCGACCCCUCACCACCUGCUGACCUCGACGAACACUCCUCAGACGAAGGUGAAGAAGACGACGACGACGACGAAGAAGAGGAAAACGCCAACGAGGAAACCGCAGAGGACGCCACAGAAGACACACAAGUGGAUGGGACAGAGGUCGUAGAAGAAACCGUCGCAGAGGUAACAGAGGUAACAGAGGUGAAGCCAUGUGAAAUAGUACAAAAACUAUUUACUAAUGGCGACCUACAAAACACUUUUAAAGAUGCGUGUGAACAAAAAUAUGGUUACCCACAACGACAUUGGGGGUGGAAAUGUAUAAGUGAUACAACCACUGGCAAAAGUGGUGAUAACACCGGUAGUAGUGGUGCUAUAUGUAUUCCCCCGAGACGUCGCAAACUAUAUAUAGGUAAAAUAAAGGAGUGGGCAAACAGUGGUAACACACAGGCGGCAGAACCACAGGAGGAUGGUAAGGCACAGACACCACAAGGUCAAACACCAUCACAAAGUGGUAAAGAGUCGUCACAAAGUCAGAAAUUGCGUGAGGCGUUCAUCCAAUCUGCUGCAAUAGAAACUUUUUUCCUAUGGGAUAGAUAUAAAAAGGUUAAAAAUAAGGAAAUAGCUGAAAAAAAACAACGAGAUAGUACAAACCCAUUUGGCUUCACCCAGUCAACAUCAGGUGGAAUGCAAGCAUUACCAGUUGGAGGAGCAGUACAGGGAGCACAAGCACAACUACCCGAUGGUGCCGGUGGUAGUGACCAAACUCCCGAAAAACAAUUGGCUGGUGGCAAAAUACCUGAGGUUUUCUUACGUCAGAUGUUUUAUACGUUAGGGGAUUAUAGAGAUAUAUGUGUGGGGAACACACCUAGUGGUAUAGAUACAAAUGAUAAAGAAAAUAUGCAAAAAAUACAAAAUAAAAUAAAAAGUGUUAUUGAAAAAAGUGAUUCCACACCUCGCACACCUGGUACCCACUCCCCAUCUAGUGGUACAACCCCUCAAGCCUUGUGGGAUAAAAUCUCCCCUUCUAUUUGGGAAGGAAUGUUAUGUGCUUUAACAUACAAAGAUGGCGGAGAGGGCAAAAAAAUAGAAAAGGUUAACGAUGCGAACGGCGACGACCUUUUCCAAAAACUGAAAGACAAAUACAGCGACUACAAGACAGUCACACUCGAAGAAGAUAAUACCUCCUCCGCCAUGUCUACCAGUCCCAGAACCUCCGAAACCACCUCAGCCUCUAGUGAUAACACCCCCACCCUCAACAACCCCAAAUUGAGUGAUUUCGUGUUACGCCCCCCCUACUUCCGAUACCUUGAAGAAUGGGGUCAAAAUUUUUGUAAAAAACGAACAGAGAUGUUGGAGAAGAUAAAGGAGGAAUGUCGCAGUGGCACAGGAGGUCAUGAAUAUUGUAGUGGGGAUGGACAUGAUUGUACGGAUAAUGAUCGUAAAUAUAAUAAAAUGAUUGCAGAUUUUCAUUGUCCAGGUUGUGCAAAAGAAUGUAUGAAAUAUAAAACAUGGAUAGGAAAAAAAUUCGAAGAAUUUAAGAAGCAAGAAAAUACAUAUAAAGUGGAACAUGGUAAAUUAACGAAUAAUAAUUGUAGUGGUAGUGAUAAUACAAAAUUUUGUCAACAAAUAAAAAAUAAUUCUUUUGAUAAAUUUUUGGAAUUAUUGAGACAUUGCAAAGAUGGUAAGGAUGAUACGGAUAAAGAUAAUGAAUUAAAUUUUAGUAAGCCUCUCCAAACCUUUUCUCGUUCAACGUAUUGUAAAGCGUGUCCUAUAUAUGGAGUUAAGUAUAAUAGGGGAACAUAUAGCGCUAUUAAUGAAAGUGAAUAUAUGAGCAAAAAUGGUAUUAGUGGAGAAAAUAAGAACGAUAAGAAACCUACGGAAAUUAAAGUACUUCUGUUAGGUCGGAAAGGAGAAGUUAGGAAUAAUGAUGAAGAACUUAAAGAACUUAAAGAAGUUUGUAAUAAUGCCGGUUUUGUUGAGGAUUAUAGUCUUCAAAAAUGGAACUGCCAAAAAAAGAAUGGAGUGGAUCAGUGUAAUCUUACAAAUUCUGUGGAUAAUAUAGAUGAUAGUGAUAAAAUUAUUCCGUUUAAUGUUUUUUUUCAGCGUUGGUUAAGAAAUUUUGUACACGAUUAUAAUAAAUUGAAACAGAAAAUUCAUCCAUGUAUAAAAAAUGAAGAUGGAAAGGAACAUAAAUGUAUUGAAGGAUGUAAAAAAAAAUGUGAAUGUGUAGAAAAAUGGUUAGAUAAAAAAUCUACAGAAUGGGAUGAAAUAAAAAAACAUUAUGAGAAACAUUCAAAAGAUCAUAAUGAAGGUAUUCCUCAUAGUGUUAAAGGUUAUCUUGUACAGGCACCGUUUAAGGAUGAAGUUCUCAAAGCUAUAAAACCUUGUGAUUUUGAUAACUUCAAGACUUCGUGUGGUCUUAAUGGCACUGAUAAUUCACAAAAUGGUAAUAAUAACGAUCUUGUUUUAUGUAUGAUUAAAAACCUUGAAAAAAAAAUUGAACAAUGCAAAAAGAAACACGACGAAAACAAAAAAACACCGUGUGAUCCAUUACCCCCUCUACCUGACGAAAACGAUGAAACCCUUGAAGAAAACCCAGUGGCGCAACCGAACAUUUGUCCGCAACUACCAGAGGAACCAAAAGAGACUUGUGAAGAAGCAGUCACUCCUAGUGAACCAAAAAAAGCGGAAGAAGAACCAGCAGCAGAACCCGAAGCCGUGCCCGAAGAAGAAGCACCGUUACCUCCACCUCCCCCUGCGGCCCCACCUCGUGAGAGCAAAGAAAAAGCAAAACCCCCCCCAAAACCUCGAAUCAAAACCCGUCAUGUAUUGGACCACCCCGCUGUCAUACCCGCCCUCAUGUCUUCUACCAUCAUGUGGAGUAUUGGCAUCGGUUUUGCUGCGUUCACUUAUUUUUUUCUAAAGAAAAAAACCAAAUCAUCUGUUGGAAAUUUAUUUCAAAUACUGCAAAUACCCAAAAGUAAUUAUGAUAUACCGACAAAACGUUCACCCAAUAGAUAUAUACCUUAUACUAGUGGUAAAUACAGAGGCAAACGGUACAUUUACCUUGAAGGAGAUAGUGGAACAGAUAGUGGUUACACCGAUCAUUAUAGUGAUAUUACUUCAUCUUCCGAAAGUGAAUAUGAAGAGAUGGAUAUCAAUGAUAUAUAUGCACCACGUGCUCCUAAAUAUAAAACGUUGAUAGAAGUGGUACUUGAACCUAGUGGUAACAACACAACAGCUAGUGGUAAAAACACACCUAGUGAUACACAAAAUGAUAUACCAACUAGUGAUACACCACCACCCAUUACUGAUGAUGAGUGGAAUACAUUGAAACAUGAUUUUAUAUCUCAAUAUUUACCAAAUACACAAAAUACGGAACCAAAUAUUUUACAUGAUAAUUUGGAUAAUAAUACCCAUCCCACCCCGUCACGUCAUACGUUGGACCAAAAACCUUUUAUUAUGUCUAUUCAUGAUAGGGAUUUAUAUAGUGGAGAAGAAAUUAGUUAUAAUAUUCAUAUGAGUACUAAUAGUAUGGAUGAUCCAAAAUAUGUAUCAAAUAAUGUAUAUUCUGGUAUCGAUUUAAUUAAUGACACAUUAAGUGGUAACAAACAUAUUGAUAUAUAUGAUGAAGUUUUGAAAAGAAAAGAAAACGAAUUAUUUGGAACAAAUUAUAAGAAAAAUACAUCAAACAAUAGUGUUACGAAAAAUAUUAAUAGUGAUCCUAUAGAUAAUCAGUUGAAUUUGUUUCAUACAUGGUUAGAUAGACAUAGAGAUAUGUGUGAACAAUGGAAUAAUAAAGAGGAACUAUUAGAUAAAUUGAAAGAAGAGUGGGAAAAUGAGACACAUAGUGGUAACAAACAUAGUGACAUACCUAGUGGUAAACUAAGUGAUACACCUAGUGAUAACAACAUACAUAGUGAUAUUCAUCCUAGUGAUAUACCUAGUGGUAAACAAAGUGAUAUACCUAGUGAUAACAACAUACAUAGUGACAUACCAUACGUGUUAAAUACUGAUGUUUCCAUACAAAUACAUAUGGAUAAUCCCAAAACUACAAAUGAGUUUACAUAUGUGGAUAGUAACCCCAACCAAGUGGAUGACACCUACGUGGAUAGUAACCCUGACAAUUCUUCCAUGGAUACUAUCUUGGACGAUCUGGAAAAAUAUAAUGAACCUUAUUAUGAUGUACAAGAUGAUAUUUAUUAUGAUGUAAAUGAUCAUGAUACAUCAACUGUGGAUAGUAAUGCUAUGGAUAUACCUAGCAAAGUACAAAUUGAAAUGGAUGUAAAUACCAAAUUGGUGAAAGAGAAAUAUCCUAUAGGAGAUGUGUGGGAUAUAUAA